CAAAGGAAUACCGGUAAGUUGAUGGAAACACUGGAGGAGUUUGUGAGAGAGAGAGCUAAGAGGCCAAAGAGUCCGGAGAGGAAAGAGCUUCCUCCUCCGCCUAAAGAGGAAGAGCCUGCACCAGAUAUGAAUGAAACAAAAGCCCUACCUGCUCCAGAAAGCUACACUCCGCCGCCACCGCCACCACCAGAGCCAGAACCCAUUAAACCCCCGGAGCUGCAGGAGGAUUUAGUGAACUUGAAGGAUGAUGAUGUCACAACUGAUGAUCAGGGCAACAAACUGGCUUUGGCUUUAUUUAAUGGCCCGGCUAAUAACGGUAAUGGAUCUUGGGAAGCUUUCCCAUCGAACGGUCCCGAAGUGACAUCGGCUUGGCAAAACCCUGGUACUGAGCCAGGGAAGGAAGAUUGGGAGUUGGCUUCGGUUGAGACAGCUAGUAAUUUAUCCAGGCAGAAGACGGCUUUAGGUGGUGGCCUCGAUCCAUUAUUGAUGAAUGGCAUGUAUGAUCAGGGAAUGGUAAGGUAACAUGUUAGUAUUGAUCAAUUGAGUGGGGGUAGUGCGAGUAGUGUGGCAUUGCUAGGCCAGGGGGGGAAGACCACUACACAAGUUUUAGCCCUUUCGGCACCCGAUGGAACAGGUCAGAACGUCAAUCAGGACCCGUUUGCCGCAUCUUUGAGCGUUCCUCCUCCUUACGUACAAAUGGCCGACAUGGAGAAGAAACAUUUGCUUGUCCAGGAGCAGCAAGUAUGGCAGCAAUAUUCAAAGGAUGGGAUGCAAGGUCAAGCUAAUUUGGCCAAAAUCAGUAACCCCGGAUACUACGGAACUGGACCUGUGCCAGUGAUGCCUUAUGGAAUGGGACCACCAGCCGGGUACUACUAAUUGAUUUCUCCACAUAUAAAAUAGAUAACAUUUCUUUGCCUACCUUUUGUUAAUGCUUUCUGGUUUUCACUUUUUAUUAUUGUUUCUCCUGUGAUGAUAUAUUGUUCUGCAAUAUGUUCACAAAACACUUACUCAUUGUGGGGAUUUUGUAUGUGCUCAUGAUCCGGUUGCGAUGUCUCUUUGUGCUUUGUAAUAUUAGAAUUUUAUUUACUUUCUUGUGUU